AUGCCUUUGAUAUCCCGCUCAGAACUUCGUUUUCACUUUAGAUCAUUCAAACAACAAGUCAAACAGAAGUCUCGUAUUAUCUCUUUGUUUCUUAUCCUCUAUUCUUUCAAUAUGAAGUUCACCUCUAUUGCCAUCGCUGGUCUUGCUGGCUACGCCACUGCCAUGCCUGCUUUCAACUUCUUCCCUGGCCCUCCCCCUCCUGCUUCCAGCUCGCUGCCUCCACCCCCUCCUAGCGAGACUCCUUCCGUGGUAGCCAGACAAUUCCCCCCUGGCCCGCCUCCUCCCAGUGGCACCCCCAGCGGUCCUCCUCUGCCACCUCCGAGUGAGACGCCCUCCGCUGUUCCUUUCGGAAAGCGCCAGUUCGAGGGAGUUCCUCCUCCCCCUAGCGGCACCCCUAGUGGUCCUCCUCCCCCUCCCAGCGCAUCUCCGACUUUCGCUCCCCUUGAGAACCGCCAGUUCGAGGGCGUGCCUCCUCCGCCUCCCUCUGGCACUCCCAGUGGACCCCCUCCUCCCCCUCCUAGCGCCACUCCCAGCGAUGCCGUGUUUGAGAAGCGCCAAUUCGAAGGAGUCCCUCCUCCGCCUCCCAGUGGCACCCCCAGCGGUCCUCCUCCGCCUCCUCCCAGCAGCACGCCGGUCGUUGAGGAGCGUCAGUUCGAUGUGCCUCCCCCACCUCCUAGCGGCACUCCCAGCGGACCUCCCCCUCCCCCGUCCGCCUCUGCCUCGCCUUCUUUCUUCUAG